AUGUCGACUAUCCUGCCUGGUGAGGCAGUGCCUGCGCAGCAUGUUAACUUAAAACUUGGGCCGGGCUUAUUGCAACUAUCAAGCGCGGACGGAAAGUCGUCCAUUAUCUCCACUCGUGCAGGCGAGUUGAAUCACUCAGCAAACCGAAGCAGAUGGUGGAUAGAGAGUAAUGCGCGACGGUAUGUACCCGCUUCUCAAGAGUCAGUCAUUGGUGUUGUGAUUGCAAGAAGCGGGGAAAAUUGGCGGGUGGAUAUUGGCGCAGCCCAUAUGGCAACGCUAGAUGGGCUUGCUUUCGAGGGCGCGACAAAGAGGAAUCGACCUAAUCUUAAGGUUGGGUCUCUGCUCUAUGCGCGCGUCUCGUUGGCGCACAAGGAUAUGGAGCCAGAACUAGAAUGUUUUGAUGCGCAGACCCGUAAAGCGGAGGGGUUCGGAGAGCUCAAAGGUGGUUUCGUCGUACACUGCAGUCUCAAGAUGUGUCGGCAUUUGCUGGAUCCUAAACACUUUUUGCUCCCCAUGCUCGGCGCACAAUUCCCGCUAGAGACGGCGACUGGGUUGAAUGGACGAGUGUGGAUAAACGCAAAAGAGGCAAAGACCAUCAUUGCAGUGUCGCGUUGUAUUGAAGCCGUAGAUUCAGACGGCGGUGGUAUGGACGAGGCAAGUGCAAAGCACUUUCUAGGAACACUAGAUAUUUGA